CAACAAUGCCGCACCAGGCGUGAAGAUGAGCCCAUCAUGGUAGCUCAUAGCGCAAAAUGCUGGAUUUCAUGGACUAUGUCCAAACAGCGUUCUACCGCCAGUCUCGGUGGAACGUGGACAACAGCUAUGCCUCCUUGACGACGACCUCGACGAACCUCCUCGACUUUCAGAUUCCAUUGGGCUUGAGACUCCAUGUCUCCUCGCUCUCGGCGCCCACCUUCGCAACAUCUUACACCUUGGGAAGCAGGGGCGUGGUGGAUGGCUCGCUGAGCUUCUUAUACACGAGCUUGGGCUUGCAAGUGGCCAGCCGAAGCAGUGAUGUGCCCAUGAACAGACUUGUCAAAGGCUACAGGCAUUUGCAGGAGCUCAAGCCGGUUGAAGUCCAAUUGCUGAAGGAUAAGAGAAAAGACACGCUGUUAUAUGGCAGGUUGUACUUGCCAGCCAGCAUGCUCGAGGCACUGUAUUUGCGGCGCAUUUCUCCAAGCCGCCUUCUCCAGCUGAAGUGCGUGUCUGAUGGGACACUGCCCAGUGGUGGCAUGCUGCUGGCCAGUCUGCAAAACGAUUACGGGAAAUACACAACCGAGUAUCUAUACUCUACAGACUCUGCGCUACUGGGCAUCCGCGGACUCUACAACUUCGGUCACGAUCCACGACAACCUGGACCUAAGCAAGAUCUGACCUUCGACAGGGUUGCAGCUCAUCCGUGGGAUCAUCAAAGCGGUAGACUCAGUGCAGGCGCCGAAGCAUACUUUAGUCCAAUCAACAAAUCUGGUGGCAUCAGCACCGGCUUACGCUUUACCACACUUCCAACUCAUACAGGCUUUCCAUACACAAUGGCAUUGACCAUCAAUCCACUCAUGGGGAAUUUGUCUUCGACUUAUGCGGUCAAAGCUGGUCCAAAUCUCGCACUGUGCUCACGCUUCGACUUCAAUGUAUACAGCUACGAGAGCGAUGUCGUCGUCGGCCUUGAGCUAUGGCAACGCGAACAGGCCCUUCCAGAGAAUGCUUGGGUGAGAAAUAUGAUACGAACGGGAUGGGCCAAGACGAAUGAUGAUGUCAAAGGAGUGUUGAAGGCACGAAUGGACAAUCAUGGCAAAGUCGGUGUGCUAUGGGAAUGUCGAUUCAAAGAGCUGUUACUCGGGUUAGGAGCUGCUGUUGAUUUGAAAAAGAAUGAGAGGAUGAUCGGACGGGUAGGGCUUGAAGUCAGCUACUCGAGCUAGACGUAAAAUGGACAAGUACAUAUGAAUCUUCCCAGCCAGGGAUCUGCGAUUCCUUGAUGCUCCGGGGUCUUGGUGGCAAAGAAGGAAACAAGCAAUAUCGUUCCGAACCAUAAUAAUGCCUUGAGCAUGGACAGAUCCUCAAGGAAGGAACCCAG